GCAUGUAGCAAUGCUUGUCAAGCCAGCCCAAGUCCUUCAAACCGGAAAUCGCAUCCCUUCACUCAAGUCUCCGGUCCAGUGCUUUUGGCCAUGGCAUCAUGCAGCUUGUGUACACUGCUUCAGUUUGUGCUUGCCUACGUGUCAGGUAUUUUCACGAUGUAUUUGGCCUUCAUGUUUAGUGCAAAUACCCUCACUCUUCCAGCUAUGUCGCUUGGGCUGGUGCCGGGGGCUGUGGUGAUUGACAGCAAGAACCUCAGCACAAGCCAACAAAACCAGUCAGGCAACUUCUUGGAAAAGUCUACCCCAAACAUGAGCAACGUUUCCCAGAAUGUCACUGCUCACGAAUCCUCCAACCAGAACCAAACAGUGUCUCCACAUUUGCUCAAUGCAAGUUCAAGAGUUCUUCAUCCUGGGCCAUUUGGUCUGAAGUUUAUUCACAUCAGCAAGACAGGCGGAACCACCGUGGAGGAAAUCGGCAACCAGAUUCGUCCUGACAAGCUUGCUUGGGGGAUGUACGACCGCCCUUUCUACGGAUAUCAGCACAACAAGUUUCGCCAUUUUCCUGCUGAGAAGCGGCGCAAGUACGAUUGGUUCCUUGUUGUGCGGGAUCCAGUCGAGCGUUUUGUGUCAGAAUAUCAUUGUGGUUUUGAAGGGGUUAAUUACAUGCAGGCGCGGUUUCAUACUGAAAAGGACUUCAACGACUGGUUGCAACAGCGACUGCGAAAAGGCGGAACGGCCGGAGGUCACUUUAUACCCCAGGUGGACUAUUUGGACCCAGAUCCCUUAGUCACGCAGCAUAUCAUCAAGUUUGAAAACUUUGAGGCUGAUUUGCGAUACGUUUUGGGAUUGUACAACAUAAGCUUCAAGAAGCUUGCGAAACGCAACAAUGGGCAAAAGCGCCUUUUUUCCAGGCGCAACAUCAGUGCAGAGACAAUGGGUUAUAUUCGUUCCUACUUUGCUGGCGACUUUGUAAAUUUUGGCUAUGAUAUGCAUUGAAUCUUUGUGCUCGUUUUCAGGCAGGUUCAAGAUCCAGUCAAAGGCUGAACGGCUUUGUAUUGAGAAUGCGUGGAGGGCCGUGAAAGAUGCUGGUCUUCAGAUGCUAUCCUCACCCAGCAGAAGCCAAACGUGCUAAGCAUCAGCCAACAAGCUCCACCGGUAACAUUAACCAUACCACAUGCCGCAGCCUACUCGGAUUGUGACAAUCAAAAUUGGUGCGCUUGUCCAACUCACCAGAAAAUAGAAUUGCUUCCGGAUGCUUCCGGCAUGUUCCUCCGGCAUGCGUUCUUUUCCCCGUUCAGGC